AUGGCCUACAGCACUGGCCCUUCGGAUGUACUUGAGCUUGUUUUGAUGGAGUUUUGCGAUCCUUUGCAGAUUCCAGAUUGGAGCAAAUGCACAAGCCGGAAGGAUAGUAAGGAGAAGAAAGUAGAGAAACCAUUCUACUCCGACUCAGACGGAGAAUCUGGUCCAACCGAAUCAGCAGACAGCGAAUCAGAUUCAGGCAGCGGUUCAGAAAGUGCUAGCGCCAGUGAUGAAAGUGGCUCUGGUUCAGAGAGUGGAGAAGAGACUGAGUCUGAAGAGGAAGAUGAGGAGGAGGAAAAGAAAAAGAAAAGAAAGAAGCAUCUGGACAAAACCAAAGCAAAGAAACCAGUAGAGGAGAGCACAGAGAGCGAGCAGAGCAGUGGCUCCGAGGAGAGAAAACGAGGCAGGAAGGCUGUGAAGAAUCAGAAAAGUGCCUCAGAAUCAGAGAGCGAAUCAGAAAGCAGCGAAUCAGGGGACGAGUCGGAGGAUGAGUCAGAGGAGGAGUCUGAGUCCGACACUGACAUCAGGAAGAAGAAGACGCCUGUAUCAAAACAACCUCCCAAACAAUCCAAAAAAGAGAGCAAGAAGGAGACGCAGGAAAUGUCUUUGCUGGAUCUGGAUGACUUUGAACCAGCUCCAGCAUCGGCUCCAGUGACUCCGGUUAACUUCAUGUCCAGUAGUCUGGUGUCUGAUCUGGAGGGUUUGUCACUGACUGACACUAUUCUAGCACCUACAGUGAGUUUUGGGCCAAAGUACAAUUGUAAAUGUGCAAUAAAUACAGCAGAAAUAUUGUCAUAACUCUGCAGAAAGAGU